GGCUAAGUGAUGUCAGGAGGCACUACAAUUACUAUAGGUAGGUACCUACCUCAUGGUGUACCUCUCUAAGGUAGGAGGGUACCAUGGAAACUACCUCCAACCCAGCAAGAGAAGCCAGGAUUUGGCAGCGGACCAAUCUCGAAGCAACUUCCCUGCGUCGAGUGCCACGCAUUAGGUAGUACGUACGUAGGUACACAGUAGGGUCCCUCGCCUGCAGAGCACUAGAAGUUUGAGUGGCUGAGGCGUAUAGGAGGCAGGCCUGCCAGACCUUUACUACUACAAUGUAUCGGUUUUUUAUCGCCUUCGCCCGCUCCCUUGCCCGCCUCACUCACGGUGCCGCACAGGGGAACCGAGGUGCCAGCGCGCCUGUCUCGCGAAUAUGUCUACAAACUUCUCCUUCUCAUUCGCUGGCGAUGACAUAGAGGACGAGGGAGAGCCAAACCCCGCCGGCGCCGUCGGCCGACCUGCGCAACCACCACCGCGCCCGGCUAGUGCCUUUCCCGUGGUGGGGAAGCCCUUACUCCCGCCGACCGCCCACAGCCUAAAGCAGAUGCUGUCGCAAUUACCGUCCAAGAUCGCGUAUAACCUACUCGAUGUCUACCUCGACGACGGCGAGAAGAUCCAGCUACCGCGACGGGAGCUGUGGGAUGUCCGGGUCCAGCUCAUGGCCGAAGACGGCGGGGCCGGUACCGAGCCCGGGCUAGGUAAUCACGACGUGAAGACGGGUGUCUACGAAGGCGGAUUCAAAUCCUGGGAGAGCAGCGUAGAUCUUGUCAAGGCCUUGCUCUCCGCGGACUUUCUAACCGACGUCGACGUAGCACUGAGGAUUAUCGAGGUCUUGCAAUUGGUAACGUUGCCCAAUUUCAUCUUGUGCUGGGCACUUCAUCAUCGCACGGGCACGCCGAUGCUGGCCAGCGCCCUCUUUUCGGAAGGCGAGCUCGAGUUAACUCCCAAGGUCCUCCGUGCCUUCGAAGAGUUCCUUUCGGCCCGUAACAUCUCACUUUCUUUCUUCUCUGGCGCGUGGUCGACCGAGUUCGUCGACCUCGUCAACCCCGAUAGGAUACCCCUAGCGGGAGAUGACCUCAAGCACGGGACAGUUAUACUCGGGGCGGAGACCAUAUACUCCCCCUUCUCGCUCGGCGCCUUCACGCAGACCAUAUUCUCCCUCAUGGCGCAGGAGAGGGCGCGCGGCCACGCGGCCGAGGCUUUGGUAGCGGCCAAGAGGUUAUAUUUCGGCGUGGGUGGGUCGCUGGACGACUUUGUCGCCAAAGCCAGAGAAUUAGGUGUUCAAGUCGUACAGCUGAGCGAGGAAACGAAGGGGGUGAAUCGUGGCGUAGUUCAUUGCAGUCUUCCUCCCAGACAGCUCUAUGCGACGCAGAGCGAUGCGAGCGCUAGCGGAGUCGCAAGGUGAGAUUGGGGGCCGGGACUUGCUCGUCGAUGUCAAGGAGGAGUCCUGUUCAACCAGAAAGGAUGUACGUAGGCAGUACUAAAACUAGUGUUGGGAAUGGCCCCUAUCC